AUGGUACUUUUCAAGUCUUCCAAUAGAUUCUCCAUCCUUCCCGUUAUACACACACACGACAUCGAAGACGAAAGCGAUUCGACCAACGAGUCCGCAUCCCCAAUUUUAUUACCAUCGAAACAUAAGAAUGAAUCAAGAAACACCUAUUCCCACCAUUCUACACACAAGCCAUUCCACACCAAACUCCCACCAUUUCUGAGAAUACCCCGCGAACUACGAUGGACAAUUUUCGACGCCCUCGUAGCGUCACUUACCGAAAUCGAAAUCAGUCCUUCCUUUAUCGAUACAUUCCAUGCUCUUCGUCUCAGCACCAAAGGUCUCCGAGAAGAGGUUAUCGAAUGGCAAAGGAAGAGACCCGAUGUUAUGAAUAUAUUCCCCUACGGCUGUUUUCUCCCCCAGCACACGACAUUUAUUCUGAAGAUCGAUCAACGUUGGAAAAAAUUCGUCAAGCACAAGACUGUUUCCGGAUCCCACGUGACGUUUAAGAGCGGCCCCAAGUCUAAAAAGCUAAAUGAAGGGCUUCUCCCCAGAACAAAAGCUAUCAAAUACAUGACGAGAGAACAAGCAUGGUAUAGUUUCUGUCGCGCAGUAACAGCACCACACAUGGCAAAAAUCCAUCUCAAAUUUGAGAUCUCAUUACCCGAAGAAUUUGGACCCAUCAGUCAGGGGAAUGGAUUAAGUCCCAUUCCGCGCGAAGAAUUAUUCCAAGCGCUAGCUGCUUCGAGAUAUCAAGAAGGCUCAUGGGCAUCUCAGCACUUGUAUCUGCGCGGGACAAUGGAUCAACUGGCUAGUAUGUACAAAACAGACACUCUUGCGCAAAUUGGAGAUAUGGUGCAAAUUGUACAGAAAGCACAAUUUGACGCGGAAACAUGGACUGUGUUUCGGGAUGAUCGGUGGGGGGUGGAGGAUUACGAGACGCUUUCGUAUCCGUUCGAUGCGACGUAUUGGGAAGAUGAGAAAUAUAAGAAUGAGGAACAGCGUUGA